CUCUAACACCUCACCAAACACAACCAACAAUUUAAUAAUUUCAUUUUCGUAAAUUUUCAUCAUUUAUAAGCCUCUCUUUUUCUUGAUCUGCGGUUUAAAUAAUUGUCUCAAAAUUUCUGGGUUUGGAGUUUUACACACUUGCUGUGGAGCUGGGGUUGUCAAGAAUUUGUGUAAUUUUUCAAAAGAUUUCUGAUGGAAAAUAUGAAAGUUGUGUGUUUCUUGAAGUUCUUUUAGCAGGGUGAUCACAUUCCGAGUUAUCUAUAAAUGAUCGAAAAAAGGCUUUGUAUUAGUACUUGAUUCUGCCAUUCCUCCCUACUUACCACUUGGGAAAUUCAAUGUCUUUCCGGAGUAUAGCUCGGGAUUUGAGGGAGAGUUUUGGCAGCCUGUCGCGGAGGAGUUUUGAUGUGAGGUUGCCUGGACAUUAUAGGGGGAAAUCUCAUGGUUCGUUUAAUGACUUGGGUGACCAGCCCUUGUUGAUCCAGAACAGUAGGUGGGCUAAUCUGCCGCCUGAGCUACUUUACGAUGUGAUUAGGAGGUUGGAGGAGAGCGAGAGCACGUGGCCCACCCGGAAACAUGUCGUUGCGUGUGCAGCUGUUUGCCGGUCCUGGAGGAGCAUGUGCAAGGAAAUAGUUAAAAAUCCGGAACUCUGUGGGAAGCUUACUUUCCCGGUUUCUCUUAAGCAGCCUGGCUCUCGUGACGGAACUAUUCAGUGCUUCAUUAAGCGAGACAAAUCCAAUUUAACCUACCACCUGUUUUUGUGCCUUAGUCCAGCUUUGCUAGUUGAAAAUGGGAAGUUUCUUCUCUCUGCUAAAAGAACUCGAAGAACAACUUGUACAGAAUACGUCAUCUCUAUGGAUGCAGAUAACAUCUCCAGAUCAAGUAGCACAUACAUUGGCAAACUAAGAUCGAAUUUUCUCGGUACAAAGUUUUUGAUAUACGACACACAGCCAUGUUCUCACGUCCCGCCACCGGGGAGGUCAAGCCGCCGGUUCUACUCCAAGAAAGUAUCUCCGAAAGUACCGACGGGAAGUUACAGCAUAGCUCAAAUCACAUACGAGCUGAACGUGCUCGGGACGCGCGGUCCGAGAAAAAUGAACUGCAUUAUGCACUCAAUCCCCGUCGCGUCCCUCGAACCCGGCGGCGUAGUUCCCGGGCAGCCGGAACUUCUCCCGAGAUCCCUAGAAGACUCGUUCCGGAGCCUCUCAUUCUCGAAGUCUCUGGACCGCUCCACCGAGUUCAGCAGCUCGAGAUUUUCCGAAAUGGCCCGGGUGUCGAACGAGGAUGACGAGAGCAGCAAAACCCGGCCUUUGGUUCUGAAGAACAAGGCCCCGCGGUGGCACGAGCAGCUGCAGUGCUGGUGCCUCAACUUCCGGGGACGGGUGACAGUCGCGUCCGUGAAGAACUUCCAGCUGAUCGCGUCGACUCAGCCACCGGGUGCUUCGGACCAUGAUAAGGUGAUUCUGCAGUUUGGGAAGGUUGAGAAGGACUUGUUCACCAUGGAUUAUAGGUAUCCAUUGUCUGCAUUUCAGGCAUUUGCAAUCUGUUUGAGCAGCUUUGACACUAAACUGGCUUGUGAAUAGACAAAAUUGACCUUUGCUUGCUUGAUUCUAACUGUGAGAUGAUGGUGUUUGUAGCUCUUUUAUGUUUGGAUAUUGAUGGUGAUGGUUGUUAGUUUAUAUUAA